AUGGACCAAGCAGUCCAGUUUAAGGCCCCUGGCCCCAAAAAUUGUCAGCCAAUGCCCAGCAGCACAGAGAGCUGUCUGGGAGAGCACCAUCUGCCACUACUUCCGGCAGAGUGCAGUCUGCCACCAGUUCCAUUUCCUUGCUCUGAAGCACUGCUGACACAAGUUCAGAAGGACAACCCCUGCCCCGGCUCCACAGUCAUCUCAGAGGCCGACACCUGCCACAGCUACACAAUUGGCUCCUUGACCUACACCUGUGUUGAGGUCAGACUGACUGGAUCUGUGUCUAGUUGCUCUGGAAGAGUUGAGAUCCUCUACAGGGGUAAGUGGGGAACAGUCUGUGAUGAUGAAUGGGACUUGCUGGAUGCUGAGGUGGUGUGCAGACAGUUGAGCUGUGGGGAGGCACUGGAAGCUCCUACAGGAUCCUUUUUUGGUCCAGGACAGGGUCCAAUCUGGCUGGCUAAUUUGGCCUGUUCAGGAAGUGAAAGGUCUUUAACGGAGUGUAACGCAGAGGGUUGGAGCCAUGACUGUGACCACAGACAGGAUGCUGGUGUGAUCUGUUCAGGUGUUGAGGUCAGACUGACUGGAUCUGAGUUUAGAUGCUCUGGAAGAGUUGAGUUCCUCUCCAGGGGUAUCUGGGGAACAGUCUGGGAUGAUGGAUGGGACUUGCAGGAUGCUGAGGUGGUGUGCCAACAGUUGAACUGUGGGGAGGCACUGAAUGCUACAGGAGGAUCCUUUUUUGGUCCAGGACAGGGUCCAAUCUGGCUGGCAAGUUUGGCCUGUACAGGAGGUGAAAGGUUUUUAACUGAGUGUGAGCACAGUGGGUUUGGGAUACAAAAGUAUAACCACAGUGAGGAUGCUGGUGUGAUCUGUUCAGGUAAGAAAUGUUUUGUUAUAACAGCCUGUUUGACAAACUGUGUUCUUUGUUCAGGUGAUGAGGUCAGACUGACUGGAUCUGAGUCUAGUUGCUCUGGAAGAGUUGAGAUCCUCUACGAUGGUACCUGGGGAACAGUCUGUGAUAAUGGAUGGGACUUGCAGGAUGCUGAGGUGGUGUGCAGGCAGUUGGGCUGUGGGGAGGCACUGGAUGCUCCUAAAGGAUCCUUUUUUGGUCUAGGACAGGGUACAAUCUGGCUGGCUAAUUUUGCCUGUACAGGAAACGAAAGGUCUUUAACUGAGUGUGAGCUCAGUGGGGUUGGAAGCCAUAAGAGUAACCAUAGACAGGAUGCUGGUGUGAUCUGUUCAGGUUUUGAGGUCAGACUGGCUGGAUCGGAGUCUAGUUGCUCUGGAAGAGUUGAGAUCCUUUCCAAUGGUGCCUGGGGAACAGUCUGUGAUGAUGGAUGGGACUUGCAGGAUGCUGAGGUAGUUUGCAGACAGUUGAACUGUGGGGAGGCACUGGAGGCUCCAAGCGGAUCCUCUUUUGGUCCAGGACAGGGCCCAAUCAUGCGGUAUCAUUUCGCCUGUUCAGGAAGUGAGAGGACCAUAGCUGAGUGUGAGCAAAGCGAGUUUCAGAUAAAUAACUGUGGACACAGAGAUGAUGCUGGUGUGAUCUGUUCAGGUGUUGAGGUCAGACUGACUGGAUCUGAGUCUCCUUGCUCUGGAAGAGUUGAGUUCCUCUACAGGGGUACCUGGGUAACAGUCUGUGAUGAUGGAUGGGACUUGCAGGAUUCUGACGUGGUGUGCAGACAGUUGAACUGUGGGGAGGCACUGGAAGCUCCAGGAGGAUCCUUUUUUGGUCCGGGACAGGGUCUAAUCUGGCCGGUUCAUUUCGCCUGUUCAGGAAGUGAAAUGUCUUUAACUGAGUGUGAGCACAGAGGGGUUGGGAGCCAUGACUGUGACCACAGUGAGGAUGCUGGUGUGAUCUGUUCAGAAAAGACAAACUGUGUUCUUUGUCUAGGUGUUCGGAUUAGACUGACUGGAUCUGAGUCUAGUUGCUCUGGAAGAGUUGAGUUCCUCUCCAGUGGUAUCUGGGGAAAUGUUUGUGAUGAUGGAUGGGACUUGCAGGAUGCUCAGGUGGUGUGCAGAGAGUUGAACUGUGGGAAGGCUCUGGAUGCUCCAGGAAGAUCCUAUUUUGGUCCAGGACAGGGUCCAAUGUGGCAGAUUAAUUUUGCCUGUUCAGGAAGUGAAAGAUCUUUAACUGAGUGUGAGCGCAGUGGGUUUCGGAAACAUAAGUGUGAAAACAGACAGGAUGCUGGUGUGAUCUGUUCAGGUGUUGAGGUCAGACUGACUGGAUCUGUGUCUAGAUGCUCUGGAAGAGUUGAGUUCCUCUACAGGGGUACCUGGGGAACAGUCUGCCAUGAUGGAUGGGACUUGCAGGAUGCUGAGGUGGUGUGCAGACAGUUGAACUGUGGGAAGGCACUGGAUGCUCCAGGAGGAUCCUUCUUUGGUCCAGGACAGGGUCCAAUCUGGCUGGAUGAAGUGGUCUGUUCAGGAAGUGAAAGGUCUUUAACUGAGUGUGAGCACAGAGGGUUUGGGAAAAAUAAGUGUAACCACGGAGAGGAUGCUGGUGUGAUCUGUUCAGAGCCUCUGCCACAGCCAUAUACUGUAGCCCGGAUCCUGCUGUUCCUGGUAAUGGUGUUGGUGGUGCUCUGUGUAGCCUGCAAGACAAGACGACAAGCCAAGCACCUUGUGUCUGCCAGGGUGAAGUACUGUCGUAAAAAUGAUGAGGAGGACUUUGUGAACAUUGAUGCAGAAGACGAAACAGGAAAGGAAGAAGACGAGAAGACCAAGGUGGACCCAGAGAGACUGAACAGACGCCGACACCUGCCCCGGCUCCACAGUUGGCUCCUAGACCGUCACCUGUGCAGCGCUCUCAAGACCUACAAGAGGUCUUGUCUGCCAGCUCUGCCCACUGGCCGCUUUCCUGAAAAGUACCGCCCUCAUGGUUGGACUCCGGGCCAUUCCCCAGAACUGUAUCUGCCACUAGUCCCGACAGAGCGCCAUCUGCAACCAGUAUCUUGCUGGGAGGCCCUGCCUACAACAGUUCCCUUGCCCCCUGGCAGCUCUCCUGAAAAGUCCUGCCCACAAGAGCAGCCCCUUGACCGACUUCCCAAGAUGUCUAGGCCACAAGGUCAGCCUCCUUACCUUCUCAACACACUGUAUCUGCCACCAGUCCCCACAGAGUGCCAUCUGCAACCAGUUCCUUGCUGGGAGGCCCUGCUGAAACCAGUUCCCAUGCCACUGGCCGCGCUCCUAAAAUUUCUGGGCCACCAGAUCAGCCUCUGUGUCUUCUCCCAGAACUGUGUUGAGGUCAUACUGACUGGAUCUGAGUCUAGUUGCUCUGGAAGAGUUGAGAUCCUCUCAAUUGAUACCUGGGGAACAGUCUGUGAUGAUGGAUGGGACUUACAGGAUGCUGAGGUGGUCUGCAGACAGUUGUACUGUGGGGAGGCACUGAAUGCUACAAGACAUUCCUUUUUUGGUCCAGGAGAGGGUCCAAUCUGGCUCAGUAAUGUGACCUGUUCAGGAAGUGAAAGGUCUUUAACUGAGUGUGAGCACAGAGGGUUUGGGAUACAUAACUGUGACCACAGAGAGGAUGCUGGUGUGAUCUGUUCCGGUGUUGAGGUCAGACUGAAUGGAUCUCAGUCUAGUUGCUCCGGAAGAGUUGAGAUCCUCUCAACUGGUAUCUGGGGAACAGUCUGUGAUGAUCAAUGGGGCUUGCUGGAUGCUGAGGUGGUGUGCAGGCAGUUGAACUGUGGGGAGGCACUGGACGCUCCAAGAGGAUCCUCUUUUGGUCCAGGAGAAGGUCCAAUCUGGCUGAGUGAUGUGGCCUGUUCAGGACGUGAAAGGUCUUUAACUGAGUGUGAGCACAGAGGGUUUGGGAUACAUGACUGUGACCACAGAGAGGAUGCUGGUGUGAUCUGUUCAGACACAUGGCUGAGUCUAAUUAGAUAUACAUGAAGUGUUGAGGUCAGACUGAAUGGAUCUGAGUCUAAUUGUUCUGGAAGAGUUGAGUUCCUCUACAGGGGUACCUGGGGAACAGUUUGUAGUAAUGGAUGGAACUUGCAGGAUGCUGAGGUGGUGUGCAGACAGUUGAGCUGUGGGAAGGCACUGAACGCUCCAGGAGGAUCCUCUUUUGGUCCUGGAGAAGGUCCAAUCUGGCUGGAUGAUGUGGCCUGUUCAGGAGAUGAAAAGUCUUUAACUGAGUGUGAGCACAGUGGGUUUCCAAUUCAUAACUGUGACCACAGUGAGGAUGCUAGUGUGAUCUGUUCAGGUUUUGAGGUCAGACUGACUGGAUCUGUGUCUCCUUGCUCUGGAAGAGUUGAGAUCCUCUCCAGCGGUACCUGGGGAACAGUCUGUGAUGAUGGAUGGGACUUGCGGGAUGCUGAAGUGGUGUGCAGACAGUUGAGCUGUGGGAAGGCACUGAAUGCUACAGGAGAAUCCUUUUUUGGUCCAGGACAGGGUCCAAUCUGGCUGGAUGAAGUGGCCUGUACAGGAGGUGAAAGGUCUUUAACUGAAUGUAAGCACAAUAGGUUUGGGAUACAUAACUGUGGAAACAGAGAGGAUGCUGGUGUGAUCUGUUCAGCACCUCCACCACUGCUGGUUCAUGCUGUAGCCCGGAUCCUGCUGUUCCUGGUAAUGGUGUUGGUGGUGCUCUGUGUAGCCUGCAAGACAAGACGACAAGCCAAGCACCUUGUGUCUGCCAGGGUGAAGUACUGUCGUAAUAAUGAUGAGGAGGACUUUGUGAACAUUGAUCCAGAAGAAGAGACAGAAAAGGAAGAUGAGAAGAUCCAGGAGGACCCUGAGAGACUGAACAGACGUGUUGAGGUCAGACUGAAUGGAUCUGAGUCUAGAUGCUCUGGAAGAGUUGAAAACCUCUACAGUGGUACCUGGGGGACAGUCUGUGAUGAUGGAUGGGACUUGAAGGAUGCUGAGGUGGUGUGCAGACAGUUGAAUUGUGGGGAGGCAGUGAAUGCUACAGGAGAAUCCUUUUUUGGUCCAGGACAGGGUCCAAUCUGGCUAAGUGAUGUGACUUGUUCAGGAAGUGAAAGGUUUUUAACUGAGUGCAGGCACAGAGGGUUUGGGAUACAUGACUGUAACCACGGAGAGGAUGCUGGUGUGAUCUGUUCAGGUGUUGAGGUCAGACUGACUGGAUCUGAGUCUAGUUGCUCUGGAAGAGUUGAAAUCCUCUACAAUGGUACCUGGGGAAAAGUCUGUGAUGAUGGAUGGGACUUGCAGGAUGCUGAGGUGGUGUGCAGACAGUUGAACUGUGGGGAGGCACUGAAUGCUCUUAUAGGAUCCUUUUUUGGUCUAGGACAGGGUCAAUUCUGGCUGGAUGAUUUGGCCUGUUCAGGAAGUGAAAGGUCUUUAACUGAGUGUAAGCACAGAGGGUUUGGGAUACAUGACUGUGGACGCAAAGAGGAUGCUGGUGUGAUCUGUUCAGGAAAGACAAACUGUGUUCUUUGUUCAGGUGUUGAGGUCAGACUGAAUGGAUCUGAGUCUAGUUGCUCUGGAAGAGUUGAGAUCCUCUCGAAUGGUACCUGGGGAACAAUCUGUGAUAAUGGAUGGGACUUGCAGGAUGCUGAGGUGGUGUGCAGACAGUUGAACUGUGGUAAGGCACUGAAUGCUCCAGAGGGAUCCUUUUUUGGUCCAGGACAGGGUCCAAUCUGGCUCAGUGAUGUAACCUGUUCAGGAGAUGAAAGGUCUUUAACUGAGUGUGAGCACAGAGGGUUUGGGAUAAAUGACUGUAACCACAGAGAGGAUGCUGGUGUGAUCUGUUCAGGUGUUGAGGUCAGACUGACUGGAUCAGAGUCUAGCUGCUCUGGAAGAGUUGAAAUCCUCUCCAGGGGUACCUGGGGAACAGUCUGUGAUGAUCGAUGGGACUUGCUGGAUGCUGAGGUGGUCUGCAGACAGUUGAACUGUGGGGAGGCACUGAAUGCUACAGGAGAUUCAUUUUUUGGUCCAGGACAGGGUCCAAUCUGGCUGGAUAAUUUGGCCUGUUCAGGAGGUGAAAGGUCUUUAACUGAGUGUUGGCACAGUGGAUUGGGGAUACACAAGUGUGACCACGGAGAGGAUGCUGGUGUGAUCUGUUCAGGUGUUGCAGUCAGACUGAACGGAUCUGAGUCUAGUUGCUCUGGAAGAGUUGAAAUCCUCUCAAAUGGUACCUGGGGAACAGUCUGUGAUGAUGGGUGGGACUUGCAGGAUGCUGAGGUGGUGUGCAGACAGUUGAACUGUGGGGAGGCACUGAAUGCUCCCGGAGGAUCCUUUUUUGGUCCAGGACAGGGUCCAAUCUGGCUGAGUGAUGUGGCCUGUUCAGGAGAUGAAAGGAUCUUAACUGAGUGUAAGCACAGAGGGUUUGGGAUACAUGACUGUGACCACAGACAGGAUGCUGGUGUGAUCUGUUCAGGUUUAGAGGUCAGACUGAAUGGAUCUCAGUCUAGUUGCUCUGGAAGAGUUGAGUUCCUCUACAGGGGUACCUGGGGAACAGUCUGUGAUGAUCGAUGGAACUUGCAGGAUGCUGAGGUGGUGUGCAGACAGGUGAGCUGUGGGGAGGCACUGAAUGCUACAGGAGAUUCCUUUUUUGGUCGAGGACAGGGUCCAAUCUGGCUGGAUGAAGUGACCUGUUCAGGAGGUGAAAGGUCUUUAACUGAGUGUAGGCACAGAGGGUUUGGGAUACAUAACUGUAACCACAGACAGGAUGCUGGUGUGAUCUGUUCAGGACCUCCGUCACUGCUGGUACAUGCUGUAGCCUGGAUCCUGCUGUUCCUGAUACUGGUGUUGGUGGUGCUCUGUGUAGUCUGCAAGACAAGACGACAAGCCAAGCACCUUGUGUCUGCCAGGGUGAAGUACUGUCGUAAUAAUGAUGCGGAGGACUUUGUGAACAUUGAUGAAGAAGAAGAGACAGAAAAGGAAGAUGAGAAGAUCCAGGAGGACCCUGAGAGACUGAACAGACGUGAACAAGUGUCCUUCUGCUGUUUUCUUUGUUCAGGUUAUGAGGUCAGACUGACUGGAUCUGAGUCUAGUUGCUCUGGAAGAGUUGAAAUCCUCUACAGGGGUGCCUGGGGAACAGUCUGUGAUGAUUGAUGGGACUUGAAGGAUGCUGAGGUGGUGUGCAGACAGUUGAAUUGUGGGGAGGCAGUGAAUGCUACAGGAGAAUCCUUUUUUGGUCCAGGACAGGGUCCAAUCUGGCUGGAUAAUGUGACUUGUUCAGGAAGUGAACGGUCUUUAACUGAGUGUGAGCACAGAGGGUUUGGAAUACAUAACUGUAACCACGGAAAGGAUGCUGGUGUGAUCUGUUCAGAUCCACAGUCGGCUCCUAGACCUUCAUCUGUGCAGUGCUCUCAAGACCUACAAGAGGUCUUGUCUGCCAGGUCCGUGCCUUCACCCAGAAGGCAGUUACCCAGCCGACUGGCCGUCCCCCUGAACUAUAUCUGCCACCAUUCCCAGUAG